AUGGAGAUUGAGAUUCGUGAUUUACGCACUGAGAAUGAGAGAAGGAGAGAGUGGGGCAAGCAGUUGAGGGUGAAACACGGUGAGGAAGAUGGUCAUGCCAUCGGAAGAGAUAAGAGGGAGAGCGUGGGUAGGUGUGUAUCUGGUGUUAAGGAGGGUUCUUCUCGAGAUGGGUUAGAAAAACCAUCCAAUGUCUCUUUUCGAGAUAAAGUUAUUGGUGCAGAAAAGUCUAAGGCCUUUGCAUUAGUAGGAUCUUUAUCUGGGGAUGGUAUCGCGACGGUCACAGGUAAGCAGGGUGAUUCUCGUCCACCAAGUGUCAAUUUUACCAAGGAGGCAAAGAGCUGUCUGGCUGAACCUUAUAAGGAAGCCAUCGUGAUCAAGGUGCUGGAUAAGCAUUAUGGCUACACGGCUCUCAUGCAUAAGCUUCGGAUAGUAUGGUGCAUCAAAGGAGGGUUUGAUUUGUUGGAUGUGGGGUUUGAAUAUUUUUUGGUUAAAUUUGAUAUUGCUGCAGAUCGUGAGAAAGUCAUUCUUGGUGGCCCGUGGUUGAUAGACGGUCACUAUGUUGCAGUAAAACCAUGGGAUGUGGAUUUUAGGCCAUGCGAAAAAUCCUUUGGAUCAACGCUGGUAUGGAUUCGAGUCUCGGGACUUCCAAUUUGGUGCUACCAGGAACAAGCAAUGCUGCGAAUUGCUUCUGCAAUAGGGAUUUCGGUGAAAGUACAUUUGGUCACUAAGCUUGCAGAAAGAGGAAAGUAUGCCCGAGCUUGUGUUCAAAUUAAUCUUGAGUUGCCUGUAAUUAAACAUAUUAUAGUGGAGGGUGUGACUUAUGAAGUGGAGUAUGAGAGUUUACAGUUGAUUUGUGCUACUUGUGCACGGUAUGGGCAUGAUAAAUCGUUGUGCAUGGAGAAGGAGUCCUUGAAAGGAAACGGAAAUUCCUUUGGUGAUGGAAAAAAUAAUGAAUCCCCGACACUAGUGCCACACAACAAUCAUGAGAUUCAAAAAGAGACUGAAUCAGAAGCUCGUGAUUUAGGUGAGAAUCCUCAUAAUUUGUGCAAAUUAGGAGUUGUUAAAGGGAAGGAUGUGGUUAUGGAAUCAUUGGCUCCUCACGUGCCUGAUGGACAUGUUAAUGAGGCAUGCAUGGAUGAUGAAGAGGGCUGGCAACAAGUGCUGCGUAAGGAAAAAUUCAUAAUGGGCCAGUCAUCAGGUUUGAAGGACCAAGAUGGAAAGCAGCACAAGUUUGAUUCGAGAAGGGUUCCAAGGCCCAAUUUUCAUGGUGAUGGAGGCAAAUCAAUUGGCAUUAGGAUGGGAAAGCGAGAAAAACAUGAAAUUGCGCCAUCUCCAUCGCGCAGAACUCCUGCACGUCGUGGAAUUUCUCUACGGAAGCGUCCUCGGCCUUCCUCCUUGCAGAACUCGCCAGUUAAUAAAAAUGGUGGCACAACGGAGACAACUUUAGUAGAUGGAAGCAUGGCAGGUGCAGUGUCAGGAGGUCUGAAGGUGGCAAUUGUUAAGGAUCAGAGUGUGCUAGUACCACAGGAUAAACCACCUAUUGAGGUUGGGUGUUACUGUGAGGUUCACUUUGAUAAUUUAAUUUGGAGGUGUAGUGGUAUUUAUGGCAGUCCUCGAGUUUGUAUAAAUAGUAGUUGGUUAUCUAUCUUUCCAGAGGCUUAUGCAGAAAUUUUAAAUAGGCUUCAGUCUGAUCAUUGCCCUAUUCUGGUGCGUUGUAAAGGUCGUCCUCAGCCUAAAGGGAAUCGACCUUUCCGAUUUGUUGCUGCUUGGGCUACUCAUCCUGGGUAUAGGGAUAUUGUGAACCAGUCAUGGUGGUCUGGUAAUAGAGGGAUUCAUGGCAAGCUUUCGGAAGUACAGAAGAAUUCACUAGAGUUUAACUCGAAGGUAUUUGGUAACAUUUUUGUUAAGAAAUGUGAAUUAGAGCAGCAGAUUAAUUAUUUACAAAAGCGUUUGGAAGUGGUGGAUAGUAUUUAUUUGUGUCAGAAAGAGCAACAGUUGCUUGAUGAUUAUAAUAAUACUCUAGUGCAAGAAGAGCUCCUAUGGUUCCAAAAGUCUAGAGAGCAGUGGGUUAGGUUCGGGGAUAGGAAUACAAGAUUCUUUCAUAUUCAAACUCUUGCGCGAAGGAAGCAUAAUAAGAUUCAUGGCCUUUUUCUCAAGGAUGGAAUGUGGGAAACUGAUCCAGAGGUUCUGAGUCAAGAAGCAGAGUCUUUCUAUAAAAGCUUAUUCUGUCAUUUGGAUGAUGUUGAUUUGGGUUGCCUUGGUGAUGUGCCUCUUCCUUCUCUAAAUGAGGAAGCUUGCAAUAAUCUUACGGCACCAGUUACUAUGGAGGAAGUCAGAACAGCUGUUUUUCACAUGAACUCUUUUAAAGCUCCGGGUCCUGAUGGAUUUCAAGCUUUCUUCUUCAAAGAAUAUUGGGAGAUCAUUGGUCUUGAUGUUUGGAAGAUGGUUAAACAGGCUUUCUCCGGUGUUACUCUUGAUCCGAGAAUAUUGGAGACUUUACUGGUUCUCAUUCCAAAGGUUGAAUCACCGGUAUCUAUGAAAGAUUUCAGGCCGAUUAGUCUCUACAAUGUAGUUUACAAGAUCAUCACGAAUGUCCUUGUUAAUAGGCUUCGUCCUCAUCUUGCGGAUAUUGUUGGCCCGCUUCAAGGAGGAUUUAUUCCGGGACGAGGAACUCCUGACAACAUCAUUAUUGCUCAAGAAGUCUUCCACUUUAUGAAGAAGACUAAAUCAAAGAAAGGCACACUGGCCUUUAAGAUUGAUCUGGAGAAGGCUUAUGACAGAGUUGAUUGGAGUCAUCAGGUUGAUUUGGGCUUGUGGGAGCCGGUUGCUAUUUCUAGAGGGGGACCAAGAAUAUCCCACUUAAUGUUUGCAGAUGACUUGCUUCUAUUCUGUAAAGCUACAAAGAGACAAGUGCAAAAUGUGAUGUUGGUUUUAGAGACUUUUUACAAAGCAUCUGGGAUGAAGAUUAAUGUGGAGAAGUCUAAAGCGCUUUGCUCUAAGAAUGUCUCUGCAACAAGGAAAGAGAUUUUCACUGGGGUAUCCUCUAUCAGAUUUGUCCAGGACUUGGGCAAGUAUCUUGGAGUUACCCUUAGCCAUUCUAGGGUGACUCGUUCAGCUUUCAAUGGUAUCCUGGAUAAGGUUCGGAGUAGGCUAGCAAGCUGGAAAGGGAGUUUACUCAAUCGGGCUGGUAGACUCUGCUUGGUUAAUUCUGUUGCCGCCGCUAUUCCCACGUACCAGAUGCAGGUCUCUAUUUUUUCCAAAGGAAUCAUUAGUAAAUUGGAGUCUAUGAUGAGGAAUUUUCUUUGGAAAGGACAAGUUGAUGGAAGAGGAUUGAAUCUUGUUAGUUGGAAGGUACUAGUUACUCCAAAAAAAUAUGGAGGUUUGGGGAUUAGAGAUCCUUAUUGUGUAAAUAUUGCUCUUCUUGGGAAGCUAGUUUGGACUUUUUUCCAGCAGCCAAACAAGCUAUGGGUCCAAUUGUUGGAUGCCAAGUACCGAUCAUCCCUAUAUGACUGUUUUAGUUAUCCUAAGAACAAGGACUCUCCCAUUUGGAGGUGUCUUUGCAAGGCUUGGGAAGUGUUGAAGGAUGGGUUUGCUUGGUGUAUUGGAGAUUUGAACCAGAAUUUUUGGUUUUCUAGCUGGAGGAGAGAAGGACGGUUAUCUAAUGAGAUGGAUUAUGUUCACAUUUCUGAUUCGAAUCUCCAGAUACAGGAUAUUUGGUCGAUGAAUAAGCAGGUCCGGAAGUGGGUUGGUAUUGGAGUGGGUCUGCUGCCAAAGUCUAUAACUCACGCAAUGGUUACUUAUGGUUGUGAGGCUCUUCCUACUGCAAGUUUUCGCUUUAGAAGAGGGAUGUCGUCAUCGGAUAGGUGUCCAGGAUGUCUUUCUAGCCAGGAAUCGGUUUUACAUUGUAUUCGGGAUUGUCCAAAAGCUCAGCUUGUCUGGUAUAGGUUGGAUAUUUCUUGUCAUCCUUUGGAUUUGAAGAAUUGGUUCUUGUAUCAUAGCAGAGAGCAUCUAUUCAAGUUCUUUUCGGGACUUUGGUGGAUAUGGCGAGCAAGGAAUAAUGACAUAUUUAAUCUCCAUGAAACUUGGCCUCCGGAAAAAGUGAUUUGUCUGGCAUUAACUUCAGAAAAGGAGCUUAGAAAUAUUUUUGAAUUACAACGUAUGUCCCUUCCCUCUACUCUAAAUGGUUUUUGGAAUCCCCCAUCCAUUGGUACUUUUAAGAUUAAUUGUGAUGCUAGUUAUUUUGGUUCGGGUGAUAGUGUUGGUUUUGCUUGUGUUAUUAGAGAUUGUAAUGGGAGUUGGCAAAGGGGGUGUUUGGGAAUGAUUGAGAGUAAUAGUAUUCUUCAAGGAGAAUUGUUUGCUAUUUGGAGAGGAUAUCUCUUAGCUUGGGAUGUGGGUCAACGAGAUGUUAUUUGUGAGACGGAUUGUGUGGAAGCAUUUAAUCUUGUUACUCAAGAUGAUUUUGGGUUUACUGAUCCAUUGGUGCUCAAAAUAAGAGAUAUCAUGCAUUGGAAUUGGCGUGUUGACUUUCGUUUGAUUAUGAGAGAUGCAAACACGGUGGCAGAUACUAUGGCAAAGAUGGCGAUGAAGUUACAACUUUCGCAUAUGGAGCUUCUUUCACCUUGGGAAGAGUUUAAGAGUAGUCUUAAACGGGACUGCCCCUCUAUUUAA